AUGGAAUAUCUUAUGACGCAAAAUUUGAAAAAACAGAAUGAAAAAUAUAUUAGAUAUGAUAAUAUGAAACUACAAUCUGAUAAAGAAAUGGAAGAAUCUCUUUGUAGCUCACAAAACUUUUAUUUGAAGUUGUCACAAGAUUCUGCUAUAUCUCAUUCUCAAAAAGUAAAUGAUGAUGAAGAUGUAAUAGUAAUAAGUGAUUCUAGCUCUAAUUCAACUUGUUCUGUUUCUAAGUAUGCUUCUACAUCAAAAGUUGCAUCAAAUAAACAUAUUCCAACAGACGAUAAGAUUUAUAUUCUAGAUUCUUCAGAUUCUGAGUCUUCAGAGACUACAGAUAAAAAGUAUUUCAAAACAUGCAAGAUAAAUGAAAAAUUGCAGUUUGUUAGUAAUUACAAAGAAAGAAAAGAUAUUGCAAAAGACAAUGAGAUAUUAUAUACAUCUGAUGAAUCUUCCAGUAUUGAGUGUAUCAAAGAAGAUAUACCUUCUAUAUCUUCUAAUAAAACUAGUAGCACUUAUGUCAGUUCUACUACAGAAAACAUUGUUAAAAGCAUGGCAGAUACAAAUGUCAAAUCUCAUAGGGAUACUAUUAAUAAUGAUGUUAAUAAUUCUAAGAAUACUGGUAGUAUUGAUCGAUCAUUUAAAACUACAUCUGCUACGAAUAGGAACUGCAUUGAUUUUAAGAAGAAACUUUCACGAGAAGAUGCUAAAAAUAUUCUAAAAAAUAUAAAAUCUUCACGAUUAAUAUAUGAAUCACCAAAAGUUAGAAAAGAGAAAAAUGUUUCGCUGGAUAAGGAGAUAGAUGACAAUGUCAUACAUCCAGCUAUUUCACCAAAAAAUAAGUUAAAAGCAAACAAUAUAGUUAUCGAUGAAGAUACAAUAGAUUCUGAGACUGAUAUUAUUCAAGGCUCUCAGGUGAAUCUAACAAAUCCUUAUAAAACCCAUGUUAGUAAAUUUUUGAGUAAAACAUGUGCAAAAGAAAAUCAAGGGCCAACAUAUACUGAACUAUCAGAGAGGAAAAAAAAACAGAUUUCACAAUGGCUCAUGGCUAAUUCACAAAGUGAUUCCCAAAGUGAUAGUUCACCUGGUAUUGUGCCUCUUACUAAUACAAAUGAUAUAAGUUCUGGUAAUAGUAGUCUGGAAAGAUUAGAGAUGAAUUAUGAAACUCCAAAUAAUAGAGGAAGGAUACAUCAGUUUCCUGUAAGAGAAAGUAAAACUACAAAUCCAGAUUAUAAUAAAGCAUUUUACCAUACAGUACCACAUCAGAAUACAAUAAAUGAAUUUGUCCAAAGAACAAAACAUAAUGAUCUUGAGCUACCUACAUUAAAAAAAAGUCAUAUUGAUAAUAAUGUGUCAACUUCAACGAAUUCUACAAUGAAUGUACCACAAAACAUAGAUAUCAUGGAUUGUGCAGAUAUAUUAGAUAAAUUAUAUGGCAAAUCUUGGCGCAAUAAAGCUGAUGUAUUGUUUCCGAACUCUGAACCACGUAAACAAAUAAUUAAAACAAAAAAUAGAGCAGUUCAAACUGAUAGAAAGAUUACAAAGAGGGAAAGAUUUUACAUACCAGAUUCAGAUGACGAUUUUAACGCAUCUCUAAACGAUUUGAAAUUACGAAAUUCAUCAACAAAAAAGGAUGUGCGGAAAAAUACGAAGAGGAGAGAUAACUUUAUUAAAGAUGAAACAUCAUCAGAAAGUGGAUGUGAAAGUUUGUACUAUACUGCAUUGACGAAUCCAAGGGUAUCAAAAAAUAAUACACAAUCAAAACUGACAGCUCCAGAAAUUGCACGGCGAGUUCUUGCAAUAUGUGAUUCAGAUACUGAAGAUGAAGGUAAUAUACACAAUGAUAAUCAAAUAUUUAACAUAAGAAGAAGAAAAUUGUCAUUUAGUAAUGAUGAAAGUGAAGGAUCGAGCACUAGUGAAUUUGAUCCUGGUGACGAUGUACCACCAAAAUCUACAAUUAAGAAAACUUCUACUAAAGCUAGACAGCAAUUAUUUAAAUUAAAUACUCAAAGUAAAUUAACUUCUGAUAAUUCAAAGUAUGAAAAAUGUACCAGCUUCCUGGCAUCUUUGGCUCAAAGUGUUUCUCUUGCUAAUGUACAUCCAGAUGCUAAAAAAUACAGAUUACAUUAUAAAAAUAACAAAGAAGAUUUGUGCAAUUAUUUGUAUAAAUUAUAUAAUGAAAAAGUAUUUGAUAAUGAGUUACCAAAGGACAUGUCAAUGGAGUGGAAUGUUCGUAUGAGAGAAACUGCUGGUUUUUGUUAUAACAAAAGAUCAGUGAGAACACUUGGUGGUAUUGUAAGAUCUUCACGAAUAGUUUUGGCAACAAAGAUUUUAGAUACUCCAGACAGACUUAGAGAUACCUUAAUUCAUGAAAUGUGUCAUGCAGCUGCAUGGUUGAUAAAUGGGGUUUCUGAUGGACAUGGUCCAUUUUGGACAAAAUGGGCCAAUAAAGCUAUGAAAGUAUUUCCUGAACUACCUCCGAUAAGAAGGUGUCAUGAUUACGAAAUUAAAACAAAAUUUACAUAUAAAUGUGUAGGCUGUGGAUACAGUAUUGGUAGACAUUCCAAAUCUUUGGAUAUCGAAAAAAAACGAUGUGGUCAUUGCUAUGGAAAAUUCGAAUUAUUAUUAAACAAAACAACAAAAUCUGGGACUGUACAAAUGCAAACUCCGAAAAGAGAACUUUCGGCGUUUGCGCUUUAUGUUAAAGAAAACUAUAAUUCUAUAAAAAAAGAACGUAACGUAAAACAUGCUGAAGUGAUGAAAAUUUUAGGUCAGCAAUUUUCGGAAAUUAAGAUUGCAAAGAAACAAGAAAAUUUUGGAAAUAAUCCAAAUACUUCUAGUUAAAUAAGUGACUGAAAACAUAUUUAGCAUUUACGUAAAAUGCUUCUUAUAUUUUAUACAGACUGCGUAUUUUAUAGAACUUAAUCAUUCUUAUUUUAUGUGGACAUUUUAUGAUUGGCACAACUGACAUGUUUUACCAUUGCAGGCAUUGGAGUAUAAAUAGUAGAACGAAAUGUUUAUUAUACACAAGAUAGGGUUAUUAUAUUAUAGUAAACAUGAUCUUUAUAUCGAUGAAUUGUAUAGACGUGGUGACAACUUGUAAAAGCUGUUAGCGAAAGUUCUUAAUAAAUGACGUAUACAAAUUAAA